CCCAAAGCCAAGAGCUAGACUGGGGUUUCCAAGAUUCUUGACACAAUACACGCCUAAGGCUGUGGCUCUCAAAUGCCCACGUCCAUAGUCGCAACCGCAUGCAUGAUCGCUAAUCACUGUGGAUUUCAGGAGUGGGGGCGUUUGUGGGGUUACCUUCCAUCCAAUGCCACUGCUUCCUGGAGGAGCGCCCAAGAAUUUUCACCUUCGAUUCAUCCCUUUCCAAAAGCCCGUAUCAAGAAACUGAAAUAAUAUCCUAAAUCAAUACACCCCAGAAAGUUUUUUUGAAAGAAAGAUUCGAUCAAGAUUUGCAACAGAAGAAGGGCGGAGAAAGAGAUGGAAGUGGUGAAGGAUUUGGACGUAGAGAGGUACAUGGGGAGAUGGUAUGAAAUAGCAUCACUCCCUUCAAGAUUUCAGCCCAGUAAUGGUGCGGACACAAGGGCUACUUACACUCUCAACCCUGACGGCACUGUUCAUGUCUUGAAUGAGACUUGGAGCGGUGGCAAAAGGGGUUUCAUUAAGGGCACUGCUUACAAGGUUGAUCCCAAGAGCAAUGAGGCCAAGCUCAAGGUCAAAUUCUAUGUGCCCCCAUUUCUGCCUAUAAUUCCAGUCACUGGGGACUAUUGGAUUUUGUACAUUGAUUGGGAUUAUCAGCAUGCAUUGAUUGGACAGCCCACCAGGAAGUAUCUUUGGAUUCUGUGUAGGCAGCCUCGACUCGAUGAGGAGACGUACAAUCAGCUCGUUGAGAAGGCUGAAGCAGAGGGAUAUUUUGUGAGCAAGCUGUACAAAACACCACAUUCUGAUACUCCCCCGGAGGACGCCCCGAAGAACAUUACAGGCAUCAGGUGGUUUAAAUCCAUCUUGGGAAAAUAGGAUUAAUAUGAAACUGUGCAGAAAUAAAUGGCAUGGCCCUUCACCUCUCUAAUCUGAAGAUGUGCUUGCUUUCCAGAUUAUGCAAACUACUGACAAUUGCAAGUGUUGUUGACAUCAAAGUGUUCUACUUCUGUAUUGAUCUCGAGAUUUUUGGUUCCAAAGAUUGGUUUUCUUCCUCCUCAAAUCUCGUCCUAAUUUUUUCUGUUCUUUUUCUUUUCCUUUUUGUAAGUAUGGUUUGAUCCUGUUGGGGAUGCUUUCUGCUGUUGCUAGAGGUUUUCUGGUCUUAAUUGAGAUUAAUGUCACCAAUUUUUAGUUUGUGUUUUCAGUUUAAGUGGAAAAUAUGUAUUUUUAAUUUUUUAUAGAUUUUCGUUUGGAACCAGAAUA